ACACUCAAAGAUCUAAUCAAUAUAUUUGGUCCAGAUGAUCCAACUGUCUCUAGUGAUGAAUGAUGCUGAAUCUCAUUGUUUACGCAAGCAACGACCGUUGAUACUAUCGUGAGCAGUGCUAUUAAUGUAGCUUAAUCUACAUAUUUUUGACGAUUACGUAUAUUUUCCAUAAUUAUACGAAACAGAAAAACAUGUCAAAUAUUGAAAUGCCACUUGUUACUGAUGGGAGCCCCGACGAGGUGACGGAGUCCGUGGAGCAGCUGCGGGAGCGCCUCAACACCAUGAAGCGGCUGAUGGAGCUGGACGGGGAGCGCAAGCGCGCCCGCAGGCACAACCCCCCUUCCUCCACCACAGUCAUAGACGGCAGCUUCCUCAGCGUCGUGUUCAUGGUGGUGCUGGUGAUGAUCGUGUGCGUGAGCGGCUACGCCUUCCUCAACCUGUACCGCGCCGUGCUCAAGAAGUUCCCCGCCAAGCCCCACACCGAGUUGUGAGACCUUCCCCCCUCCACCGUCGCUGCUUGGUGGCGUCUUUCGCUCCCAGACCUCCGUGGAGGCAUGGCCCAGGGUUUCUCCCUGGGGAAGUCAUGGUAACUUCCUUCCCUCAAUAUUUCAUCCUCAAUAGAAUCACCCUUUCUCAUUGCAUUGAGGUUUGGAAACCUCAUUUCAACAAUUUUUUAACACUUUUUACUAUGCAUAUUAUUCACAAGUAAAUGUAAUUGUAAAAUUUAGAGAUAAUAAUAUUUAGCAGAAUCACUGUGUGUUUAAGAGUGCAAAAUGAAGCACAAAUUACUAGCAUGCUACACUCUUGAAAGUGUCAUUUUAUUUGGUCUUCAGCACUUAAGUUUGUGAUACAAAAACAAGUGUACACUUCUUCUACAGCUGUUGCUAUUGGAAUUUUUUUACUAAUGGUCAUUCGAAAACAAGCAUAUAAUUUCCAGACGUUUCUUGACAUUUUGACAUUGUUCCACCUUCAUAUAUUACAAACUGAGAAAGGAUAGGCCAUAGUUGUUUGUUGUUGGUUGAAAACUGUGCUUCAAGCAGAGCUCGACUGUUUUCAGAUGUUGUUAACAGUUACGUGUAAAUCACCGAAAUCCAGAAAAAUCUAAGGUCUAUACCUUAAACUCCACUUUUUUUCCUUUACGUGAAUGCUGUUGUACUGUGGCAACCAUGGUCGGUUCGAGCCUUCCAGACAACAGAAUAGCAAGGCAAAUUGUUCUGCCACUUGUGCUGUUACAGCACUGAUCACAGGCCCAGCACCACAACCGACCAAUAGUCAAUGAAAGAAAAAAAUACUAACAAAUGUUUACCAUUCAUGCUGCCAUAAAUUUUCUGGCGGUUAAUGUAUGGUCAUUUUUCGGCUUAAGUCCAUUCAGAUUUCGUUUUUGACAUUUGAAUCUCAAACAUUCAGUAUGUAGAAUCAGAAAAGACAAUACCUUUCCAGCACAGCUGACGGCACGCGAAUGCGACAGCUUCUGUGUCAGACCACUCCAAAACACAAAUUCCCACCAAACAUUUGUCCAAGUCAUUUUAACAGAGAGCACUGUACGUUAAAUACUAAGCUACGUUUUACAUGGCUAUUGUAGAAUAUUUAACUUGGGACAGGGAAAUGGUAAUCAAUUUUAACUCCAUUUCCUACUUUCUUUCCUUCAUUUUUUAAAUUCCAAUACGUACCCAAAUAAAUGCAUGAUGUGAGUGAUAACUGCUGGAAAGGUUAUAAUAAGUAACAAAAUCAACUUUAAAAAAAAUGUAAUAGCCAUUGUUUUGAGACUUGUUGGAUAUCAAUACAGUGGAAUGAAUCCACUAUAACUAGCUUAGGGUAAUGUAAAGUUUCUACCAUCAUGAGAUAGCCUCGGGUGUUCACAUUCUUGUGCAAUCGGUCAGAGUUCUGUACAGUCGCUACACCUCUCAUUUAUGCCAAUUUCUGUUGGUACUUCUACACAGAACUACCAUUUAAACUAACUUUUUUUUUUAGUUCCAAUUUGUUUAUGGUGUAAUUACGUUUAUGUUUCAAAGUGUACGUAUUUUGUAUGCUCUAUUAUGUGGAAUAAAUAUUACAUACCUA